UCUUGCUGGGGAAAAGGUCGUACAUAUGAAGGCUGUGCAGUUGCAACUUUCAGAGGCGCAUCAUGUCAUCACAGCAUGCCAGACGUUCUACACCCCAGUAAUUCUUGACCAUGGAUGGGCUGCAUAUAUGUGGGACAUGAUCAGGAAAGAGAUUCAUAUUUUGGAUCCGUUGUGCUCCCAAGUGGUGGGAGCAGAGAAGCGGCACGCGACACACGAGGAGGCUGUGUCACAGAUUCAUGAAGCACUGUUCAGUUGUCUCAAUGAGUACUGGGCGAAAUGGCAUUGUACAUCUGAUAGAUGGAAACGCAAGUUCCCAAGGAUAACAUGUGAUGUUUUCACAAGGUAAACCAUCUUCAGUACAUUUCUUAUUAUCAAGAUUAGACGGAAGUUGAAGGUGUGUUGUUGUUCGACCAUUAUAUU